UGAGCUGUUCUGAGGGUCCAGUGCCCAUCAGGAAGUAUUCAUUUGUUUUUUCCCACCAACCGAUUAUCUUUGACGCUUCCUUAAUGAUUCCCCAAAUAAAAAUUUCCAGAACCUUUUGAAUUAGAGCAUCUCGGAGCCAGACGAGCCUUCGAGAGCUGCCGUGUCGCUUGCUUUUGCAGUUCAGGAGUUUCAGGCCCACAGAGGCAGACCGUGUGUCGGGGGCGCUGGUGGGAAAUGGCCACACGCAGUGAGGCCCUGAGAGCCGCUCCGUGUGGGCAGCAGCGGGUGCCGCUGGGAACGCCUGCCGGCACCUCGACCCCGAGAUACACGCAGUGUGGACACGGGAGCCUUCGUCCAGACCCCGCGGCUUCUGCUCCUUCGCACAGUGCCCCAGGUUAAUAUGGUGGAUGAAAAGUCUUUAAAAAGCUUCAAACUGAGUUUAUCUCUGCCCUCUGGAGUUUCUGGCCUGCCAGUUUGCAAAUCGGCAUCUUCGAAAUGAGCCGACCGCCCACGUGGGCGAGGACGUGUGUGCUUGCUGAGUUGACGCGAAGCUUUGGAAGGGGUAGAAGUGGGGAUCUGAGAAACUUCGACUCUGCUCCUGUUUUUGAUUUUGUUUCAACAAGAAUAAGGUGAUGUGGCCCCGAGUGGCGCCAGCAGGAGCUACGUGAGCCUUGGUGUGGUCUCAGCGUGGUGCCUGUGCCUGCAUCUGUCCUCUCGUCCUGCGCCCUCGAGACACCAUGGCCAGGCGUGUUUAGAGCCAAAUGACGGAGGCGGAGAAGUCCCUGGGGAGGCGCGAGUGUGUUUGAGACGUUUGUUUUACAGAAUGGACUUAAACUGGGCACCCGCCGUCUGGAUCGACAGCUGCCACUCAUCCCUCCCGGCUCCCUCCCGAUUCUCUGGUAAACUGGGCCGUUAGGCUUGCCGCUGGGGUGUGCUCCGAGCUGCCAGCAGAGCAGUCACAGCUGGGGUUCAGUUAUGACCUCCAGAUCGACCCCGGCAAACAAGGAGUCCAGCACCACGGUCGUGAGUCCGGCGCCGCGGUCGUGAGUCCGGCACCGCGGGUGUUUUCUGCAGAGCCAGCCGGGAACCGGCUCGACUUCCUUCACGUGCAUUCAGGUGGUGUCUCUGGGCUUGAGGGAGGGAGAGGUGGACCCAGCUUAGGCCCCUCUGGGACGCUUCUCUUAACUGGCAAUUCAAACAGCUGGAGUUCACAGUCAAAUCAUGUCCACGAGAAGGAGCUCUUUCCUUUAAUUCUGGCGCCAACUUUGACCUAAUAUCAUAACAUAAAAUUCAAAAUAAAAAGGGACUCAGUGGAUAAAUGAAUAAGCAAGACGAGGUCCCUCUGCACGAUGGAAAGUUAUUCAACCUGAAAAAAGAAGGGAAUCCAGUCAGCGGCCACAGCAGGGCCACCCUGGAGGGCACUGGCUGAGCGGAGUGAGCCGGAAGGACACGUCCCGUGGAUUCCGCCGACGUGAGGCCCAGAGCAGUCAGAUCCAGAGACAACGUGGGGCGAGGGCCGCUGGAGACAGCAGGAGGGGAUGGGAGCGAGUGUUGAACGGGGCCCGAGUCUCCGUUUCGCACGAUGAGAGCGUUCUGGAGAGGAUGGCGGUGAUGGUUGCACAACUCGGUGAACGUGGUUAAUGCUACGGAACUGUGCACUCGAGCAGGUGAAGCCAAAAACCUUCCCUCUUACCCGGGGCCAAGCAAGAUGAGGGAUUGCUACUGCACGGUGAACCUGGACCAGGAGGAGGUUUUCAGGACCAAGAUUGUGGAGAAGUCGCUCUGCCCCUUUUACGGAGAAGACUUUUACUGUGAAAUUCCUCGGAGCUUUCGUCACCUGUCCUUCUACAUUUUCGAUAGAGACGUUUUCCGGAGGGAUUCCAUCAUAGGGAAGGUGGCCAUCCAGAAGGAGGACUUGCAGAAGUACCACAACAGGGACACCUGGUUCCAGCUGCAGCACGUGGACGCCGACUCGGAGGUGCAGGGCAAAGUGCACCUGGAGCUGCGGCUGAGCGAGGUCAUCACAGACACUGGGGUCGUCUGCCACAAGCUCGCCACACGCAUCGUUGAGUGCCAGGGCCUCCCCAUCGUGAAUGGGCAGUGCGACCCCUACGCCACCGUGACGCUGGCAGGACCCUUCAGAUCGGAAGCAAAGAAGACGAAAGUAAAGCGGAAGACCAACAACCCCCAGUUCGAUGAAGUGUUUUAUUUUGAGGUGACCCGGCCCUGUAGCUACAGCAAGAAGUCUCACUUUGACUUCGAGGAAGAAGACGUGGACAAGCUCGAAAUCAGAGUUGACCUCUGGAAUGCCAGUAACCUGAAGUUUGGAGAUGAAUUCCUGGGAGAACUAAGGAUCCCGUUGAAAGUCCUGCGGCAGUCCAGCUCCUACGAGGCAUGGUACUUCUUGCAGCCCCGGGACAACGGUAGCAAGAGCCUAAAGCCAGACGACCUGGGCUCCCUGCGGCUGAACGUGGUAUACACGGAAGACCACGUGUUUUCUUCUGACUAUUACAGCCCUCUGCGGGACCUGCUGUUGAAGUCUGCGGACGUGGAGCCCGUGUCAGCAUCCGCGGCCCACAUCCUGGGUGAGGUUUGCCGGGAGAAGCAGGAGGCGGCCGUCCCGCUGGUGCGGCUCUUGCUACACUACGGCAGGGUGGUGCCCUUCAUCAGUGCCAUCGCCAGCGCGGAGGUGAAGCGGACCCAGGACCCCAACACCAUCUUCCGAGGAAACUCGCUGGCGUCCAAGUGCAUCGACGAGACCAUGAAGCUGGCGGGGAUGCAUUACCUGCACGUCACCCUGAAGCCCGCCAUCGAGGAGAUAUGCCAGAGCCACAAACCCUGUGAAAUAGACCCUGUGAAGCUGAAAGAUGGAGAAAACCUUGAAAACAACAUGGAGAACCUACGGCAGUACGUGGACCGCGUCUUCCAUGCCAUCACCGAGUCCGGGGUGAGCUGCCCGACCGUCAUGUGCGACAUAUUCUUCUCACUCCGGGAGGCGGCGGCCAAGCGCUUCCAGGGUGACCCGGACGUCAGGUACACCGCAGUGAGCAGCUUCAUCUUCCUGAGGUUCUUUGCGCCUGCCAUUCUCUCCCCCAACCUCUUCCAGCUCACGCCGCACCACACGGACCCCCAGACGUCCAGGACGCUGACAUUGAUCUCCAAGACCGUUCAGACCCUCGGCAGCCUGUCCAAGUCCAAAUCUGCGAGUUUUAAGGAGUCCUACAUGGCUACAUUUUAUGAAUUCUUCAAUGAGCAGAAAUACGCUGAUGCGGUGAAGAACUUCUUGGAUCUGAUUUCGUCCUCGGGGAGAAGAGAUCCCAAGAGUGUUGAGCAGCCCAUCCUGCUUAAAGAAGGGCUCAUGAUCAAGAGGGCGCAAGGACGGAAGCGCUUUGGGAUGAAGAAUUUUAAGAAGAGAUGGUUUCGCUUGACCAACCAUGAAUUUACCUACCACAAAAGCAAAGGGGACCAGCCUCUCUACAGCAUUCCCAUCGAGAACAUCCUGGCCGUGGAGAAGCUAGAGGAGGAGUCUUUCAAAAUGAAAAACAUGUUCCAGGUCAUCCAGCCGGAGCGCGCGCUGUACAUCCAGGCCAACAACUGCGUGGAGGCCAAGGACUGGAUCGACAUUCUCACCAAAGUGAGCCAGUGCAACCAGAAGCGCCUCACUGUCUACCACCCGUCCGCCUACCUGAGCGGCCACUGGCUGUGCUGUAGGGCGCCCUCGGACUCGGCUCCAGGCUGCUCGCCCUGCACCGGCGGCCUCCCAGCCAACAUCCAGCUGGACAUUGACGGGGACCGUGAGACAGAGCGUAUCUACUCCCUCUUCAACUCGUACAUGAGCAAGCUGGAGAAGAUGCAGGAGGCCUGUGGGAGCAAAUCCGUGUACGACGGCCCGGAGCAGGAGGAGUAUUCGACGUUCGUCAUUGACGACCCCCAGGAGACUUAUAAGACACUGAAGCAGAUCAUCGCUGGCGUCGGGGCUUUGGAGCAGGAGCACGCCCAGUAUAAGAGGGACAAGUUCAAGAAGACGAAAUAUGGAAGCCAACGACCCAGCACUUGUUGGAGAGAGACAGCAGCCUCCGCUCCCAUCCUGGCAGCAUCCGUGGGACUCCCGACAUGAGAGCGUCCAGAGCAG